GGCAAAUGAAGCACUCAACAACACUAUAGGAAGCAAAGCUCCAAAGAUCAGACACUACAGAUCUAGUGAAAGCAAUGACUUCCAUGUUGCAUGUGCUGUUGGCCAAAAGAACUUUGAAAGAGAAACAGAAAACAAGAGAAUACAAGAAGAAAAGAAUUGAGAAGAAAGAGAAGCGGUUGAAAAAGACAAAACAGCUUGAGAACAAAGAAGGACAACGAUAUAGUUCUGGAAUGGGCUUUGAUGGACAUGAUGCCGCUCAGGAAAUUCCAGCACCACUUGCAGCCUCAAAGAUUGAGAAAAUAUCAUUAACCAAAGACUACCAUCAAAUCAUAUUUGAUUUGGAAACAUCUAGAAGGGGUAAUGAUGCUGAAAUCCUACAAAUUGCAGCAACAGAUGGUAAAGAUGAUUUCUAUAUUUAUGUCAAGCCUUGUCAUGUAAUAUCACCAGAAGCAUCUGCUGUGAACAAACUCACCUUCCAAAGAGGAAUGCUGUUUCAUGAUGAGAAGCCAAUCUCUGAUGCCAUUGCAAUUGAUGUGGCCCUGAAGAACUUCAUUGAGUGGUUCAAAUCAAGAAUGCCUUGCAUUUUAGUCGCACACAAUUGCAAAUCCUUUGAUGCAGGGUUCUUGGUGCAAGCAGCAGAGAAAAAUGGAGUCAUGGAUGACUUAGCUAAAACCGUUUCUGGCUUUGCAGACUCUCUUCCAGUAUUCAGGGAAUUGCUUCCUGAAAGGAAAUCCCAUAGCCAGGAAAACCUUGCACAAGAUCUUCUGCGUAAAUCCUAUGAAGCUCACAAUGCUCUUGCAGAUGUGCAAACACUACCAGCUGGUGAACGAGUUUAUAAAUGUCAAACUGCUACAAAAGCACAGCUUCAAAGUUUCAUGGGUGGCAUCUUAUCAGAAGCUCCUAAAAGAAAAGAAACUUCUGGUUAAUACACUGCAGCCAUUAGUUAGAGAGAAGUACAUUUCAGCUUCUAUGGCCAUUAAGUGUGCAAGCUCAGGUUUGGGUCUCCAUCACCUACAAGUGGUGUACCAAAGAGGCAAGGAAGAAGGGGUGAAUCAAGUUCUGAUGGAGAGGUUUGACAACAAACCCAGAGUCUCCUCAAACAAGCAGUAUGAAUUUCAGUGUUAGCAAGAUCAAACACAUAAAAACAACCGAAAGCAAGCUUGAUAUCAAGUGCAUACCUCGAACACGAUGG